AUGCCCAAGGUAUGUGACUGGUGUAAGCACAUAAGACACACAAAAGAAUACCUGGAUUUUGGGGACGGGGAAAGAAGGCUUCAGUUCUGCAGUGCAAAAUGUCUCAAUCAAUACAAAAUGGACAUUUUCUACAAAGAGACACAGGCCAAUCUUCCAGCUGGGCUGUGCAGCACAUUACACCCUCCCAUGGAAAAUAAAGCAGAAGGCACCGGGGUGCAGCUGCUCACUCCAGACUCUUGGAAUAUCCCUCUAACAGAUGCUCGGAGGAAGGCCCCCUCCCCGGUGGCUGCAGCUGGCCAAAGCCAGGGCCCUGGCCCAUCGUCGUCCACCACCGUGUCUCCAUCUGACACUGCCAACUGCUCUGUCACUAAAAUCCCCACGCCAGUGCCCAAGUCCAUGCCCAUCAGCGAGACUCCAAACAUCCCUCCUGUCUCCGUCCAGCCACCUGCUAGCAUCGGGCCUCCCCUCGGUGUCCCGCCUCGCAGUCCUCCCAUGGUGAUGACCAACCGCGGCCCGGUGCCGCUGCCCAUCUUCAUGGAACAACAGAUCAUGCAGCAGAUCCGCCCGCCCUUUAUUCGCGGGCCGCCGCACCACGCCUCCAACCCUAACAGCCCUCUGUCCAACCCCAUGCUCCCAGGCAUCGGGCCCCCGCCCGGCGGCCCCAGGAAUCUGGGCCCCACUUCCAGUCCCAUGCACCGGCCCAUGCUGUCGCCCCACAUCCAUCCCCCAAGCACCCCGACCAUGCCUGGGAACCCCCCGGGCCUCCUGCCCCCACCGCCCCCGGGCGCGCCCUUGCCCAGUCUCCCCUUCCCGCCGGUGAGCAUGAUGCCAAAUGGCCCGAUGCCCGUGCCCCAGAUGAUGAAUUUCGGGCUGCCGUCGCUUGCCCCGCUGGUGCCGCCCCCCACCUUGCUCGUGCCAUACCCCGUGAUCGUGCCCCUGCCCGUGCCCAUCCCCAUCCCUAUUCCCAUCCCUCACGUCAAUGAUUCCAAGCCCCCCAACGGAUUCUCCAGCAACGGGGAGAACUUCAUUCCGAGCGCCCCUGGCGACUCCUCAGCGGCUGGAGGCAAGCCAGGCGGACACUCCCUGUCCCCUAGGGACUCCAAGCAGGGCUCAUCCAAGUCUGCGGACUCGCCGCCCGGCUGCUCCGGCCAAGCCCUGAGCCUAGCGCCCGCGCCCGUGGGGCACGGCCGGAGCGAGGUGGUGGAUCUGACGCGGCGCGCCGGCAGCCCCCCGGGCGCGGGCGGCCAGCUCGGCUUCCCCGGCGUGCUGCAGGGCCCGCAGGACGGCGUCAUCGACCUGACGGUGGGUCACCGGGCCCGGCUGCACAACGUGAUCCACCGCGCGCUGCACGCGCACGUCAAGGCGGAGCGCGAGCCGGGCGCCGCGGAGCGCAGGACCUGCGGCGGCUGCAGGGACGGCCACUGCAGCCCGCCGGCCGCUGNGCGGGGGGCGACAAGUCAGACCCGAACCUUAAUAACCCCGCGGACGAGGACCACGCGUAUGCUCUGCGGAUGCUGCCCAAGACGGGCUGCGUGA